CCAAAUUCGAAUCAAUUUUCGAUCUCGUCUUCUCCUGCUUUCUGAUCUCUGAGAUGAUGGUGGAGAGAACGAUGAGUUUAGGGUUUGGAGCCAACGGAGAAACCUUAGGGUUUAGAGAAACAAUGUGGGCGCAGCGAGAGCUUCUUCAGAAGAUCACUCAAGAGCUCGACGAUGAACGAGAAGCGUCGUCAUCAGCUGCUUCCGAAGCCUUGGCGAUGAUUCUAAAGCUUCAGGGAGAGAAGGCAGCGUUGGAGAUGGAGACUAGUCAGUACAAGAGGAUGACUGAGGAGAAGAUGUGCCAUGCUGAGACUUCUCUGACGCUCUUCGAAGAUCUGAUUUACAAUAAGGAGAUGGAGAUUGCGUCUCUCGAGUUUCAGGUUCAGGCUUAUAGAUGUAAACUGCUUAGCGUUGGUUGGUCUGAUCUAGCUGCCGUGGAGAACAAGUUUCCGCAGAAUCGUGUCUGGAAGAUGAAGCGAAAUCUAUCGAAUCCUUUUGAUGGAAUGAGUUGUGAGAGAAGGAGGUUGCUUCUGUCUGAUAGUAAUGGUGAAGAGUUGAGUGUUUAUUGGGAAGAGAUGAGGAGAAUAGACGAACAUGUUCGAGAGAUUUCAGUGACUAGAGAUGCUUCCAAGGAGUCUAAAUGGCCUUUGCUUAGGCGCAAGUCUAUGUCACAUGCGUUGGUUUCUAAAGUCAGUAAUACUAUCCUUGAGUCAGCCAAGAGUGAUGUCAGUUCUGUAAUGGAGAGAAUGAUCAAGAACCCUAAUAGAUUCUUUGCUUCCAAAGAUGCUUUGUCUCCAAGGACAAAGGAAAGCCUUACAAUCAUCGAAGAAGAAGAGGAACGCGAAGAAAGAAAUGUUAAAGGGACGAUGGUGAGUAGUAAUUACGAAAGGAAAUUGAGUAAGCAGCCGCCAAGCAUCAAGGAAGAACAUAUGAGUUUGCUAAAGGAGAUUCGAGAACAGCUUAAUGGAAUGCAGUUAGAAAUGAGAAGCUUAAGAUCAGAACUGCAUCAAACUCGUCAUGUGUCCUCUACUGAGGAGGAUCCAGUCCUUAACUCAGUUCAAGAGGCGAUGAUUCACUUCUGGCUUUAG